CUCUCAUCCCUGCCUUCCCCCUGUGCAGACGUCAUUCACACUGUGGGUCCCAUUGCCCAGGGGGAGCCAAGCGCCUCCCAGGAAAAGGAGCUGGAGAACUGCUACAAGAACAGCCUGAAAGUGGCCAUGGAGAACAAACUCCGCACAGUGGCUUUCCCCUGUCUCUCUACAGGCGUGUUCGGGUAUCCCAAUGAUGCCGCGGCCGAGGUCGUUCUGAGGACGCUGCGGGAGUGGCUGGAGGUGAACAAGGAGAAAGUUGACCGGCUGGUGAUCUGUGUCUUCCAGGAGAAGGAUGAGGAGAUUUACAAGGAGAAGCUGCCCUUCUACUUUCCCAUUGACGAUGCCAAGGAACUGGCAGCCCAGCCUUGAAGAGCCCCCCCACACCAGACAGGAGGUGUUCCAGAGAUGCUGCCUUCCACCUUCUCUGGUGACACCCCCUACCUCCCCACAUGAUUGCCCCCGGGAGAGAAAAGCCCCCCAAUGUCAGCACCUUCUCUUCCCGUGUGACCUUCCCCUUUGCCUCCUCCCAGUCUAAUAAAGUUCUUUGUGUUGAA